AUGGUCAGCAACAAAUCGUCAGACAAAAGCAAAAAACGGCAAGAAGAUAACAAUGAUGACGAGUACAGAAGUCAGACCCAACGUCCUAGUCAAAUGUCGAUGAUUGAUGACGAAGCAGAAUUACGGUUAAGAGUUCGACUGGAUUAUCGACAGUUUAUUGACGAUUUGAAUGUGAAUCGAAAAUUGUAUACUUCACCCAAUAAUGACGAAUUAGAGAAGAAGAUCGAUCAAGUUGACAAAGCCUUUGCGAAAGUAAAAAUGCCUCGUGAAGGUGUGCUUGAUGCUUCGGCUCUGCGAACCAUAUCGAAUUUAGCCAGUGUACGAAUCCGUGCUGCCGAUGAAGCAGGAGGCUUAGAUCGUGCUUAUGAUCUAGCACGAAAAUGCGAGAAAAUUCUUUCGAAAUUAGUCGGAAAUGCCAAUGAAUUCUAUGAAAUCUUUGGUAAUUUUCAUCAUAUUGUUCCAGCACCGUGUAUUAUGCAUGGACGGUUGCCAACGAAACUAUUCAGCAAUGAGUAUCAGGAGAAGCAAAAGCAACGUGCAAAACCUGUGCGCCAACCGAAACUCACUCAAGAAGAAUUAGAGAGAACGCGUACACGACCGGAAGAAGUUAAAGAUUUUAGCGCUGAACUCGGUGAACAAACAAUCAAACACAUCAUGCAUAUCAAACGGUGUCUUGUUAAACAUUACAAAGCCGCAAAUUACAGUCCAAUUGAUUAUUUCGAAUUUGUUAUCGAUCCAGAUUCAUUUGCUAAAACUGUUGAGAAUAUGUUUCAUGUUUCAUUUCUUAUCAAAGAAGGAUUUGUUAACCUCUUUCAAGAUGAUGUGUCUUUACCAGCACUUGAACCAACAGAUAAAGCGAUGAAUCGAGCGGCGAGUAGUUCAUCGCAAGCCGCCGAAUCAACUGCGCACGUGAAUCAAAUGAUAAUGUCGAUUACAAUGGACGAAUGGGAGGAAUUGAUCAAAGUAUACGACAUUACGGAAGCGAAAAUUCGGUCUGAGAACAGCUGA